UGGGGGGGUUCAUCGAACUACGUAUUUUGAAAAAGAUUUCAUGGGUUUACGGAUUUUAGGAAAUGUAUUUGGGAUUAAUAACUUUUGCUACUCACGUCCUUAGAAAUGGCAGUCAUUCGGUCGCAAGAAACAAUCAACAGUUAUGGAUAAUGGCACCUUGAGCUGAUCUCGUUUUGAUACUGAAAGGGAGAAUAUUUAGAGAAAUGAACAGAUAUAAAGUCAACAAGUGCAAGUGCUUAACACCAGAACUAGCCAUGGCUUCAUGCUCUCAAAGUAAAACUAGUUCCCGUUCUGUGGUGAAAUUUUACAACAGCAUUCCAGAUUACGAAGAACUCAAUCACCUAACCGAGACGGAGUUUUACUCUCGACUAGGUACAUUGCGACAGAUUUAUUCCAAAAUCAAAUACGGAUCCGAUACCACCCUUUCAUCAGAUACAAGUAAAUCUUCAGAAGAAUCUAUUGAAACUGUGAAAGAGCGACGUAUAAAACCUAAACAAGUGUCUCCCAAAAUUAAGGAAAAUGGCAAAGAAAACCGAGAACCUGCCGACACACCUAAUAUUACAAAAGAUAAUGGUAAUACCUUGUUUAGACUUGGAGUUAAACCAAGUCGACGUAUCAGAUCUGCUAGUCCUGCAAGAAGAUCUUCUUUGAAAGGGAACAAAACUCUUUUUGGGCCUAAAUGCAAAAGUUUGAACCGGUAUGAAAGUCCCACUAGUGACUUUGAACUGAAAGCAAGAGGAAAAAAGAAGCGAGCCGGUUAUAUUCCAUUGACUUCUCGAGUUCCAAUUUAUGAUCAGAUUAUGGAGGAUCAGAAACAGAGAAGUGAAAUAAGGAAACUUGAAUCAGCCAUUGAGCUACAGUCGAAGAUCAAACCCUUCCAUUUCAGUACAAGAAGCCGCAGUCGAUGCUCGAAUACAUCUGCAAUUUCCGGCGAUACUCAUACUAGAAAGGAUAAAACCCCAAAAACGGCUCCUUCCUCAAAGAAAGCUAGCAGCAGUUAUUUCAGUAGUAAAAAAUGGGAAGAAGACUAUUUCAGACGCAUCAAUCGAAUGAUUCGUGCUGAAGAGCUCCUGAAGCUUUCAACCCCAUCUCCGACAGGGAAAAAGGAUACACCACGUCUGAAGUCAAACGGACCUUGUAAAGUUUGUACCCGUAAGAGAAGCAGAAAGAAGACAUCAGCAAAACAAAAAGAUCAAAAUAAGGUGAAGCUGGCAAUAGAUGAAAAACUAGAAAAUGUCGAUGAUAAAGAUACAACUCCCGGAAAUGAUGAUGCUGAUCCAAAUGGUAUCCCUUUACCGAUAUACCCAGUAGCGCGACCGAAUUUAGCUGCGAAGCUCCGUGCAGAGGUAGCUCGGAAACGCACACAAAAGUUCACAGAGUGCGUUCAUCCAAAGCAAACGUCUCACUUUGAUUGGGAAGUACGAAAAACACCAGCGUGGAAAUCUCUGUCUUAUAACGAAACAAAUGAUGAGGACAUUUCUUUUCGACUAGCAACAAGACGUGCUGAACUGUCUUUAAGGCAAAGGGAACAUGCCUUAAACAUGGAACUAAUGCGGGAACGUGUACGAGCUGCACCGCUUCUUCUAGAAGGAACCACCUAUUGGAGUCAUCGAGUAGGAAAAGCUUCACAUAACUGUGGGAAGGAAAGUCGUAGUAGUAUGACAGGCAAACCUGAAAAGAAAAGAGUGAAAAGUGCAAGUAGUACCCGUAGCCGAUUCGAAACGAAAUUUAUAAAGAAGACACCCGGAUCAGCGAGUUGUUCUCUUUUGCAGAAAAAUAAUGAUAGUGACGAUUUGGAGAGUGAAGAUAGAGCCUACUUGUAAUUUUUUAUUGUGUAAUUCUAUAAUGGUAAUUUGCUUUCAUGUUCAUUCAUCGCCGGCACUCUUCUUUAUAAUUAAAUAUAUUUUACACUAUGCAGUUAACACGCUUUAUUUCCUAUAAAUUUUUCAAUUUUUAAAUAAUAAAUUUAACUUGAAAUAUUGAGAAUUGAAUUUGAUAGAUACCAGUUUCGUGAACGAAAAUCUGUUUCAAUCAGGAUAGUGCGAAACAUUUUCAGUUAUUUUUAAAAUAAUUAUAGCUCAACAGAUUUCUGCAGAAAUAAAUUUUUAAAUUUAAAUUUUUUACUGUUAUAACAAUUAACGCUGCCAUCAUGAUAUAUGAAUAACAAACUCUAGGAAUGAAAAUAAAGGACAACAAGGCAAAGUAAUCUAGUUCCGUCGAAAAGAUGACUAAAGAUUAUACGGGAUUUCAUAAAGUAGAAAAGUCCUUACCUAGCGAAUAACAAUAUGAGGGAAGUAGGAGUAGUAGGUUGGGUGUAGUACACGAAACAUUCAAAAUUUAUAUGGGAAAGACCGCUUAUACAACUUCUUAUAUUUGAUCUUUCGAUUUUGAGCGUGAUCUUCAAAAUUUUCCCAAGUUUCGGCCACUUGAUUGGCUUGGUUUGAAUUCCCAUAUUAAACCAAAUUGGAGCUUAGAUAAGAAAGUCACGUUAGGAUGACAGGGCGACAAAUAACCAAAAUAUUAUAAAAGGUGUUGAGAGCUUAGCUGUUUCCGCCAACCUACUGCUUUGUUUCAGUCCAGAGUCUGCUCUGAAACAUCUUGUUAACUGAGUCUACAGAUCCACUAGAGCGUUGACUCAUUUCAAUUCUGAGCAGACCUGACAGUGGACUCUACUGUCUUUUUGAUAAAGGUAAAGUUACUGAUUUGAAUUUGUCUGUUCAUCUAAAUGUUGAUCAAUUUACUUGAUUUUGUAGCAAGCAAAAUAAUGUUGGCCAUUGUACCUGACAUUCAGUAUAUUUAAUUUUGCAAAUUUGGCUACUAGAUAAAGGACUGAAUAGAGAGUUAUGUUAAUAGAGCAUGCAAGUGAAUUUGAGUGUUAUGAUGCUCAUUAUAUACAGUGAGAUAUGAGACAGAUUUUCCAAAAUAAAAUCUAUGUAUCUGUGCUAAAUAAAUUUAACAGGGAAAUCUUAGUAUCUACGUUUUUCUGUGAGGUGAAUUUAACAGGGCCCGGGACGCGCUAUGAUGUCUUCUAGUCAUUGUGACAAUGAUGUUCCUCGACAGCUGAGGCUAGCGACUCGAUUGAUCUCCAUAUUGACGAUACUCAUCUUUUGCUGAUAAAUAUCCUCAAUACUAUUGCUCCACCGAUAAGGACCGAUAAUACCACGGUCACAGCAGUAAUGGUAGUAAUUGUCGUAUGACGAUAAUGUCCUAUAACCAAAAUGACUUCUUCUACUUCGAUCAGCGGGCGACUGGAAACUGGGUAGCCGAUCCUCGCAGAGUUGAGUAGAGCUGUUGUCUUGAUUGCAUUGCCACUUGUCAGGACGGUCAUACAAGCCUCGAUACUUUUCCUAGAUACCGAAAAUGUCACCCGAAGGGUCAUGCCAUCGACUUGGAUAAGGCAACAACCUUA